AUGCAUGCCACAGGCCUGGACCACCUGCUGUUUUCGGGAAGAGGAGCCGGAGGAAGCCACGAGGAAGAAUCGACCGAGUUGCAUGUGGCGUGCUUCAUGGGCCUUGUGUCCGUCCUCGCCGGCAGGCCGGAGGUCCUGAGAGUGUCUCCCAGACCUACUAAGCGCGUGCUCAACGCGGCCGCCCGAGGCAUAGUCCAAAGCGCCUCGGCCACGGACACGCCGCUAACGGACGCGGGCUUAGACGGAACGGGUGAAAUUAUCCAGGUAAUAGAUUCUGGCCUCGACGAGACGUCAUGCUACUUCAUAGACGACAGUGGAGAGGAGGUGGAUCACGGGUACUACUUCGAUGAGCUGGCACAAGCAGCCGUGUACAGCUCCCUGUACAGUUCAGACGAAACUGCCACAAUCUUCAACGGUGGCGAUUUUUCUUAUUAUCCUGAGAGACGCAAGAUCAUCCAAUACAUCGACCUGGUCAAUCCCGACUCGCCUUACUCUUCAUUCUACACGUCCCAAGGCAGCUACAUUGGCUACUUCCUUCCGCCGGAUCAAUUCGGCGAGGAUGAUGAGGCGAGAGUCGCGUUGAGAAAAAAGGAUCCGUCCCAAGCGAGAGUUGGAAGAUCGGCCGCGGGGGCUACGCUAAACAACCCUGCGGAGACGAUCACGUGCAACGUAACGGACACGCUGAGCUGCGUGGGUGCCUGCAUUGACCUUUUGGAUGUCACGGAUGACUUGGUGUCUAUCUCACAUCAAACCGGUGGUACAGAUCUCGACCGUCUUUGUCCGAUGUACGGGUGUGACAACUCGACUGAUACCACUUGUUUGAGCGACGAUGUGCCUGAGACCCUGUCGAACAACGGAGGGAUGGCUCAGGGCGCAAAGCUGGCGAUCUUCGACGUGUUCUACGGCGACUACGAUGCGUCCUCUAGCAUAGGCAACAAUCUAUGGGAAGUCUGCACGGAGGCUGGAUGCAAGCUGCAUUCCAACAGCCUAGGCGCUGAUUUCGAGUGUUCGAUUGCCUCCUGGGACAUCCUUAACGAUCAGUUUAUGUACGAAAAUGCGGAGCACCUCCUCAUCUUUGCGGCUGGAAACGAGGGGGGGGAGGAGCGCUCAACGUGCACGAUAAAUACCCCGGGCAUCGGAAAAAACUCUCUAGCGAUCGGGGCUUCGACAUCGGGCGACACCCGCGUCAUUUCCACGGUCGGGGCCACGGGCAUCAACACCGUGGCUGAAUUCAGUUCGUGGGGGUUCACAACGGAUGAUCGAAUUAAGCCAGAGGUCGUGGCUCCAGGAGACUCGGUUUACUCUGCAGCCAGCGACGGCACGGACACACACUCGUGUAGGCUUUGGGCGUACGAAGGAACCUCGAUGUCCUGCCCCAUAGUUGCGGGUGCAGCGGCUAUGAUAAGGCAAUACUUCAUGGAUGAGACCUUCUACAUGGCGGACGUGACAGCCAGGGGCUUCUGCAGCGAUGUCUUCAUAUGCGAGGGCUUCUCGCCGUCAGCGGCAACGGUCAAAGCUCUGCUGAUCAACAGCGCAAACCUGAUGGGAGGAAGCAGUGAGCCCGAUGGCUUCCGCGGCUUCGGACGUGUACACCUUGAGGCAGGGAUGCCGCUAGAGGGAGAAGGAAACUUGGUGCUUUUCGUGGCAGAUGCCCUCGACACAUCCAUCGCCGAGGGCACCCUCGACGAAUACUUGUUCGACGUGGACGCCGACGCUGGCCUGGAUCUGCGUGCCACGUUGUCCUGGAUAGACCCCCCCUCUACGGCAACAUCGGCUGUUCAGUUGGUCCACAAUCUGGAUCUAGUCGUGGUAUCUCCAGACGGAACGACGUACCGCAUGUGGGGAUCUGAAACGACGGACAACCGCAACGUGAACGAACGAGUGAUCGUGGACGCCACGGACGUGGUGACAGGCACCUGGACCGUAUGGGUUUGGGCAAACAGCCUCAUAACCGACUCCCAGAGCUACUCACUGGUCGUAAACGGGGCCAUCAGCCCAGGUACAGGUGAGGGGGCGAGCGGAAGCUCCUCCUUCGAAGUUUCCUCCUUGGCCACUAGCGCCAGCUCGGAAGAUGGGACGGCAGCCGGGGCGACCGGCGGAUCGCUGGUCGCUGCCCCGGCCGCCGUGUUUUCAACAGCGGUCCUCGGCGCUAGUGUUGCUGCCAUGGUUGCCGCCGGUGUCUUUGUGGCGUGAGUAGACCACGCCUCAAGUGGAUUUCGUCAAAUUUCUUUUACUUGGGUGUGGUAUGGACCAUCGGAUCAUCCUGUUGACAGGUCAUCCAUGUGUCGCAAAAGUAAAGUAAAGGGAUCUAUCUUUUUGAUAGCAUGUUCUCUUGGUGGUGACCAACGGGAUGACAUUGUCAGCCCAUUUUGCGUAGCCUGUUCGUGUUUGUGAUCAGAAUUUGUUGUUGUUCUUCGUGCUUUACAUCGUUUGGUUGAUUCCUCGAUGUGCCCUAUGCUGUAGCGAGCGAGGUGAAGCAAGAAAUGUCCACCUUUGAAGCCAAUAUACCAUGUCGAAGUAGAAAAUAUUCAAUCAUGGCAAGUCCUACCCGGUCGAUAUCAUACCCUAUUUGAAGGGGUGUGUUGACGUGUUUACAAUGAAUGGGGAUCGAUUGGCCGAUGUAUAUGCGCAGAGAGGAGGGGCAUCUGAUGCUACGUGCUUGGCGGACAUUCAGCAAGGGAUGCUGCAAGGAUAAGAAAGUUGGCGACAGGAACGAGUCAUGAAGCAUAUUACGGAGCUCUUUAGUUUGAGAAUGAACUACAAGCGUGUAGGGGGGU